UAGGGUUAUUCUUUUAGGUUUGGACAGAAAUUAAAGGUUUUAGGCAAUUAGGUUACUCGCAGUCACACGCUUGAUCCAGUAACCUCACUUCUUCCUACCAAGAGCAGCUGUCGUCCUCCACCACCGCCAGCAAUUUUCCUUUUGUUUUCUUAAACCACGUCGUUUUGCCUGCUUCACUGCAGCCUUCGUCACCGGUCUCCACUGCCGCUACCAGUUUGGAAGAUUUAAAGUCUUUACAAAAUGAAGUCAGUGGUGGGGAUGGUUGUUUCCAACAAGAUGCAAAAGUCAGUGGUAGUGGCGGUUGACAGACUGUUUCACCACAAGGUGUAUAACCGUUAUGUCAAGCGGACUUCCAAGUUCAUGGCACACGAUGAGCACAAUCUUUGCAACAUUGGUGACCGAGUUCGGUUGGAUCCUUCUAGACCUUUGAGCAAGCAUAAGCGUUGGGUUGUUGCUGAAAUCCUUAAGAAAGCACGAAUCUAUGUGCCCCCAUCAGCGGAUACUGCUGCUGCUUCAAUAAGGAAAACUCAAGCUUCAACUUCAUAACUUGAUAAGGUUUCUUGUUUUCGGAGCAGGUGAAAAAAGUUCCUCUAGCUAAAGCCUAUGGAAGAUGAAGUAAUUGCUAAAUGAAAUAUCAGAAACCUAAGGACUUUUAAGUUGGAUAGACGGAUUAAAUUAUUGAAUGUAUUGGACUAAGCUGACUGUUUGACUUAUAAUGUUCAUAUUUAUCUUUUCUAUGAUCAUCCAAACAAAUUUUGGUAGCUGAAUACCAAAACUUUUGGCCAUAAAAUAUACAUUUGAUAUAGAAAAAAAUUAUACUUACAAACAAAUUGUACAAAUUUAUCUAUACAAAUUGAGGUGGUAGUUUGUGAUUAGGUAAUGUAAUUGUUUUUUUUUCUCCCACUGCAAAAUUACUCAACUAGAUGCUAUUACAUCAGCUUGUAUGAAUAAGUUUGUACAAUAUAUUUGUAUAUAUAGUAUUACUUUUUGAUAUAAAAAGAGACCUUGGAAGUAA